AUGCCUUUUGGUCUCAAGAAUGUUGGUGCUACUUAUAUGAGGUCUAUGACAACCAUAUUUCAUGAUAUGAUUCAUAAGGAGAUUAAGGUGAAUGUAGAUGAUGUCAUAAUCAAAUCCCGCGAGAGUUUGGAUCACUUGACUCAUUUGAGAAAAUUCUUUGAUCGCCUACGUCGAUACAAUUUGAAGUUGAAUCUCACUAAAUGUGCUUUUGGAGUGCCAGCUAUGAAGAUGUUAGGAUUUAUAGUCAGUAGGAGAGGCAUAGAGCUUGAACCUUCCAAGAUCAAGGCGAUUCAAGAGUUACCUCCUCUGAAGACCAAGAAAAAGGUGAUGAGUUUUCUGGGAAGGUUGAACUACAUCAGUCGGUUCAUAACUCAAUCCACCGUGGUGUGUGAGCCCAUCUUUAAGUUGUUGAAAAAAGGUGCCCUGACCAAGUGGAUCGUAGAAUGUCAAACUGUUUCUGAUGACAUCAAGAAUUAUUUGUCUAAUCUGCUGGUAUUGGUUCCUCCACAAGAAAGAAGUACUUUGUUGCUGUUUCUAUCUAUCUCGGAUAACACAUUUGGAUGCGUGCUUGGUCGGCAUGAUAAAACAGGGAAGAAAGAGCGAGCCAUUUAUUACUUGAGCAAGAAAUUCACUCCAUAUGAGAAGGCGAUAAAAGCACAAGCCUUAGCUGAUCAUCUUGCGGAGAAUCCAGUUGAUGAAGAGUAUGAACCACUCAAUACUUAUUUUUCCGAUGAAGAAGUUGCAUUUGUGGGUGAAGAUAUUUUGGAAGCGUACCCUGGCUGGAAAGUAUUCUUUGAUGGAGCGCCAAAUCACCAAGGAAAAGGUAUCAGAGUAGUUUUAGUGUCAGAAUCUGGUCAGCACUAUCCUAUGGCAGCUAAACUCCGAUUCGAUUGCACGUACAAUAUGGUAGAAUAUGAGGCUUGUAUUCUUGGUUUGAAGAUGGUCAUCGACAUUAAUGUGCAUGAGCUUCUAGUUAUUGGAGAUUCGAACUUGCUAAUUCAUCAGGUUCAAGGAGAAUGGGCCGUGAAGAACCCAAAGAUCACACCAUAUGUGCAGUAUAUACAGAAGUUGUGUAAGAGACUUCACAAGAUUGAAUUCAGACACAUUCUGAGGACACAGAACGAGUUGGCUGAUGCUCUUGCCACCAUUGCCUCAAUGAUUAAACAUCUGGAUAUAAGUUAUAUUGAUCCCGUGGAUAUAGAGGUGAAAGAGAAACCUGUCCAUUGUUCACAUGUUAAAACUGAACCAGAUGGUUUACAAUGGUAUUUUGAUAUAAAGAAGUAUUUGGAGACCGGGACUUAUCCUGAAAAUGCAACGUUCAAUCAGAAGAAAUCAAUAUGCCGUAUGGCUAACAAUUUCUUUCCAAGUGGGGAAAUCCUUUAUAAGAAAACUCCAAAGUUAGGUCUUCUCAUAUGCGUUGAUGCUAGUGAGGCUGUAAAGCUUCUGGAACAGAUACAUGCGGGAGUUUGUGGUACUCAGAUGAAUGGACUCACUUUGGCAACUUGGCGCAUGGAUGUCACUGGUCCGAUAGAGCCAGCCGCCUCUAACGGACACAAAUUCAGUUUGGUUGUCAUUGACUACUUCACCAAGUGGAUGGAAACAACUUCGUAUAAGUCGGUGAUCAAGAAAGUUAUAGCUGAUUUUGUUCGCAACAAUUUGAUAUGCAGAACGACUGUUAGGACAUCAAUUGGAGCAAUUCCAUACUUGUUAGUAUAUGGAACAAAAGCAAUUAUACCUACCGAAGUUGAGAUACCUUCCUUGAGAAUAAUUCAAGAAGCUGAAUUGAGUGAUGCUGAUUGGGAUGAGUACAAAGGGAAAUUUACACCAAAUUGGCAAGGACCUUACAUGGUUUGCAAAGUGUUAUCUGGAGGUGCCUUGGUCCUAUCGGAGAUGGAUGGCACAAAGUGGCCCAAACUGAUCAACUCAGAUGUUGUCAAGAGAUAUUAUAUGUGA